AUGGGGAAAAGGGACAACCGAGUGGUAAGAAUUGUUUUAAAAGAUGUAAUCAUUCAAUAGAGGGUAUAAAGCAAACCGUUAAACUCACCGAAAUUGUGAAUAUUUCUCAUAGAAACCACCUACAAAGCUUCUUGACUUCUUUUAUUUUACUUCUCAGGCGCAUGUGAACCCUGUUGCAAUGGCGAGGGCAAGAGGGCCGCCACCGUCUUCAGGACCAACAAUAAGAGAUUAUCUCAACAGAAAUAGACCAACGCUGUGAGUAAUAGUACCUUUGUUGUGCAGUUUUGAACGUCUACAAGCACAGAAUGAUUUAGGAGCAGGUUUAGAAUAUAUAUCCUCUAACCAACAUAACAGCUGGUUAUUGUCAUCUGGGCCGAGUUGUUCAAAGCUGGUUUAAGAUAACCCUGGGUUAGUGCGAGAUUUGAAUUCAGAUAUGAAAGCUUAUAAAACAUUUCAGUUUUAAUUCCUUUUGUCUACAGGUUUAUGAUUGGAAGCUCUAAAAGUAACAGAGAAAAUUAUGUGAGAAAAUGCUUUCUAACACAAGAAAAAGAAACCUGGGUUAAAUUUAAACCCCGGAUUAAGUGCUAAUCGGGAAAAAAUAUCCAACUGUCUGACAAUGCGGCAAUGCCAGUUAUUGUUAUCUCUCUUUCAAACAUUAAUUUGGUGAAUACUUGUUUUUAUUGGCUGUGUCAUACCACCUAGAUCUGGGUAGUGCUUUUACUAAUUGGUCAUGCUGUGAGGAAAAUUUGUUUUAACCAAUCAGAAGCAUUACUCAGGUCUUAGUAGUGACACAUCAUCAAUAUGGAAUUUCCGGGCUCCUUCCUCAGAUAUCAUUUCGUGGGGAAACCAGUGUCGGGUUUUUUCUCAGGCUACAAGUAUGUUUGCUGUGUCUGGUACCUAGCCUUGACUGGGACAGCUUGCACUCUUUUCUAUUUUUACAUCUUUUGUCAGGGAGGAGGUUAAAGAAAUGAUGAAUAAAAGGAAGACAGGAUCAGAGACAUUGGCUGCCUUUGAAGAGCAUUUAAAUGAGGUGACUUUCAGUAACCUGAGAAAACAAGCAACAUUUUGGAACGCUUUCAUCAGUUCCCCUGCCAAAUGAUGUCUGGGGAUGGAAUUUCUGUGCUUGUUCCUCAGAUAUCAUUUCAUGGGGAAACUUUUGGUGGUAUUGCAAAAUGUUGGCUGUUUUUUCCGGACAAACUGUCAAUGGCUACAGGGCUUGAAAAAAACUUGAAGUUCAUUUUGUCCAUUGGAUAAACAGCUCUCAAAUUUUCCUCACCCACAGCGAUUGCCUAUUUUGUUAAACAUUUUUUGUGUGUAUGUGGCUACCUGGACCCUUGCCCAUUGUGUGAACAAGUGAGUUUUUCAGAAGUAAAAUUUACUUGUAUGAAAUGGAUGAAACUUUUUUCAAGCUAUGCACCUGUUUUCAGUAAACCAGUCCUAUGAAUAUUGUAGUAUUGUACAGGACCAAGAGUACUAUCAAAAGGUAAUAGGCAGGUUUCUUCAUACUGUGAGAAAUUUCUCUUUUUUGUGCAAGUAUAAUGCACCCAAUCCUGAUAUUCAUAUGACAAGUCAUCUCAAAAUUUCAAAUUGUAUUUUGUUAAUUUUCAAACCCAGUGUUUGGCAGAUGUGUUCAAUUGUACAAAGACAGUAUUUACAGUGCAAAUUUGAACAGUAAAAUAGAUCUAUAAUUUGUUAGUUUAUCUAAACAAUUGCAAUUCCUGUAAAGGUUGAGAUGACCUGUUACAGUGUAGUUUAGUAAGGACUUGAAACAAUUUCAUGUAAGCUGUUUAUACAGCCUGCUGUUUUUGUUUGUUGUUUGUUUUUUAUUACUCUGCAGAAAUUUAAAAAUGAAUUAAAGAAAAACAGAGAGAAGAUACUGGGUGAUGCAGAAAGCUCAUCAAAAACAAAGAAAAAAGAGGUACAUAUUUUUUUAUUAUCUGUCACAGGUUUUCACAUUCUCCUCUUGUUCCAAAUGCAUGUUCCAAAUGAAUGUUCUAACUACAGCUGUAUUAGCCUGCAGUGCAGGCGUAUUUUGGGUGGGCGAAACCUUGUUCGUGUUCGUGAUAUUGUUGUAGCCGACAUCUUUGAUUUUAUGGAAGUGGAAGAUUGGGGAGAGUAGAAAUAGUAGCCCUUACGGUAGGUGCGAGGGCAAAAGAAGGAAAGGGGGAAGGGGGAGGGGAGAAAAAAAAUACGCCUGCCCGAUAUCAUUGUUCUUUUGGGAAACUCCGUACGCUGGCAAAUGGAGCUCCUGAUUGGUGCGGCAUAGGGAAGUAGAUUGAUGCCUGUCAAUUAACUGUAAGUCUAUAUUGUUUAUUCCGUUUGGAAUUGGAGCGGCUGGGAAUGUCGCGUGUAUUACGCAAUGAGAAAGUCAAAGCUAUUUCUACACUGGUCAUCAGGACAAGAUUUGUUCGUAGUACUAAAACCUACACCACUUUUACCUCAUGCCAAAAUGCUUCUUGUUCCAAUACAUGUUUUUUUUUUUUCUGGCGGGUAGAUUAUGCUCUAGAGGAUCCUAGACGGUUCUAUGUUUUGACUGAGCAAAUGUGAUUUUAGCUGCUUGUUUCACACUGAGAGGUCAUGACACGCUUAUUGAUUUUCUGUGGUUUUUGAAUUUCUGGUCUUCAUGAUUUGCCCUCUGAUACAAGAGCGUUUUCUUUGACCUCUUUUGAAGCGUAAAGAUCUUUUUUGUCACUAAAUAAGGCUGUUAGGUUCUUUAUUUUUGUCCAAAGAGCCUCAGAGUGUGAUGUUUUCCUGCAAUGUUGUAUCACGCUGGGCCCAGCUCGUUAGUUUUUUAAAUUGUUUGCAGGAUGUUAAACCCUCAUGGAUAGCGAUUCACAGAGAUGAAUUUAGAAGGAGGAAUUGCAGCUUAAACUGAAACUUCAUCAGCUUUGGAGAAUUGCAUUGUGACUCAGUCAAGAUAAAAACAAUGAUAAACUCCAGCUUGUUUUUCUUAAGACAACCUGAGUCUUUGGACUGGAGCGACUGUUUGGUUGUUUUGUUAUUGACGGCUACUCAUUUCUGGAAGAGCGGUCACGCGCGUCUAAUUAGGGGGUGUUUCUCAUUUUCACAGUGUUUUCUCUUGUCUCUCCCCGCCCCAUCCCCACUCCCUUUGACUCACCCCAUUUCCUCCUCUCGUCGGGACGUUUCAACAUGACACUUUCGCGAGCAAAUUGCGCGCUCAAAGAAAACGCCUGCACUGCAAGCUACAGCUAUAUGAAAUCCCACCAUGUUUCAGACCAUUUUUAUGUGUUCUCUUGACGAUAAUGUUUUUAGCCCUUUAAGUCCCAAUAGUGACCAAGAUCAAUUUUCUCUUAACAAUAUCCAUACACUGUCAAGAUAUUUGGUUAUGAGAAUUUAUAAAAUGAACACCUGCUGCUUUGCUUUGAUCUUUUAUCAAAUUCUCUCAACUCAUUCUUUAAGGAAAUAUAUAAAGAUAAGUUUGGAGAAUUUGUAUGUGGACAUAAUGGCAACCUAUUGUAUUUUUACAUAUUUUUAGAAAAAGAAAUCUAGUAAGCACCGAAAAAAAAGGGUGAGUUAUUGUUCCUGACUGUAUAAUAGAUAUUAUAUUAGUUUUAUAAAAUGCAUUGCAUUGCAUGAAAAGAAAGUAAAUUUUUUGUUUCUUUAUGUAUCUUGAAUUUUUUUUGCGACAGUAAAAGAAGGGCAAAAAUGUAUUUUGUUACCAUCAUCAUGAUCACAGUUUUUAUUCAAGUUAUUGUAAGUCCUUAUAUGGGAGAGAUGUAUACUAUAAUAAUAUUAGGCAAAAGACAGCUUUGGAAAAACAGGUCAAAUAUUUUUCUUUUCUGUUUAUUUUUUCUGUCAUUAAAAAUUUUCUGAGGAAAUAGCACAAGUUACUAGUGAGCUAAUCAGGAGGUUCUGCUUGUUUUCUUUCAAGCGUCGUUCUUCAUCGUCAUCAUCAACAUCAACUUCUGAUAACAGUGAAUCAGAGGAAGAAAAGAAGGUGGGCACUUGACCAAACUGGCUUGUUAGGAUAAAAUUGCGAAAAGUGACAACAUGGCCUAUGAAACAGUGUUAUAAGACUACUCAGGGCUCAAAAUUGUGACUGAUACAGUUGUCAAUGCGACUAAAAAUUCUGGUUUAGUCACCACUUUGGCGACCAGAUUUCUCUAUGAUUUAGAUUUAAAUUAAAAGAGUAAAGUUAAAACAAACUUUUCAUCUUUUCUUGCUUUGCUUUUGUCAUAGAAAUGUGCCAAAUCGCAUAAACAAAGCCAGUUUGCAUGUACCUCCAAAUUUAUACCCACCUCUGUCCGUGAUAUUUUCAAACAAUCAAAUCUGAUGGAUCGCGCCAUACUAUGAGCUGCAUCAGUUACAUACAAACUGGCAACUAAAAAUUUACAUCUGGCGACUAUAUUUCUCCAGUUGGUCGCCAAAAGGUGACCUGAGGAUUUUUUUAAUUUCGAGCCCUGCUACUACUACUACUGACAUAAAGAUGGGUUGAAUACCAACAGGGCCAUAUCAAAAAUUGAUAGUUUAGUGAUUUUUCAGUUCUUCAGUGUAUAGUGCAGUGCAAAUUUAACUCAUUCCAUCAGAAACGUAACAGUAACAUGAUUAGGCUUUUUAAUUAUGUUAAAUUGGAUCUGUUCAUUGCACCAAGUCAAAUCAAAUUGCUGUAGUGUUGACCAGUGUUAGUUCAAGUUUUUACCAAUUAGACAAAAAGAAAAGCUAAUGGGAUGGCAUUUGAGUGGAGUUACAAGAACCAGAAUUCGGGGAAUGCGAGUUAUCCGAGUAAAAAUGACUGAAAAGUCAGGUGAAAUCUAAGGGAAACUGGACUUACCGGUAGUUCAAGUUAGUGGGGAGUUCAAGUUAUCUGAGUUUGAGUUAUUGGGCUUCUACUGUAUUUAUCUAUUGACUUUAGCUUUUGAUUUUACUCACUUUUGUGUACUUUCAAUAUCCUGCUGGAAAUCCAACGUUUGAAUUUGCUUUUUAAUAAUUUCUCAUUCAGCUAUGCAGUUAUCAACAGAAAUAUAUAAUUCUUUGGUAGUCUCUUCUAGUAAUGUCAAUAAUAUAAUUUUGUAAUAAAUCUGAGAAUUUAGGACAUAGGUGUGCUUCCUUGAAAGAUGCUCAAGUUUAACCCAGGUUUAAGCAAAAUUUUAUGCAAAGUUUUGUUGUUUGGAACAUGUCAUUGUAGCUUAUCAGGUGUCGCUGUUCCUUCACUCUGAGAUCUAGUCAUGGUAAUGCAAACUUUUAAUCUAUAUAUUUUAAACUAUCUAUAAGAAGGUAAACAAUAACAUGGUUUAAAAUUUUAAUCCUGGAUUAGCACUAAGUCGGCCUUUCAAGAACCAGACCUUGAUCAUCUGAUCUCUUGAUCCUUUAACAUCUUCUCUACCUGCUUCUACAAUGUUUCAUUAUAGAAAAGAAGAAAGAGCAAAAAGAGAAAGAAGCGAAAACGCACUGAGGCUGACAGAGAUGCAGAAGAACCAAAGGUUAAAAAGAGAAAGAAGAAGCACAGAGAUGAUGAUGAGCUGUCCUCAUCUUAACACAGGUACAUGCUAUACUGUUUUUUACCACAUUACUCUUCUUAGAAGCGCAAGAUUAAUUAUAGGUGACCUAAAAUCUGAUUAUCUCUCCACUCAUGUAUGUGCAUUAUCGAUACAGUACAAACCGGCAUGGUUGGCAAAUUGACUAUGGCUUUUUUAAGGGGCCAAUCAUGGUGACUAAUCAAACCAUGGUACACAAGUGCGGACCCAGAACAAGAAUUUCAUUGCUUUUACCCAGAAGAACUGAAAGGAGCUGUGUCACGAAAUUCAGCCAAAUUAGGAAAUUACAAAAUGCCUGUUAAAUUAGGAGAACAUAAAAAUAACGGCUUAAAACUUUAAAGGAAGAUUAAAAUAACAUAACAGAAACAACAGAUGCCACGGAUAGGCAAAACUGAAGAAGAUUGAAACAGAUUGAAAUUAGGGUUUUUGAAAACUGUUCAGCCUAACAGUUUUUCAAAGUUGAUCCCUGCUGCUUGCAACUUCACAAAUAAUGCUCAGGAGACAUAUUUGUUUGUCUCGGAUCUCUGGGUUUGUCAUUCACCUGUAAUUUCUUUGCUUACGUUAAGUUCCAUAGUGAUUGAGGACGAGUAAUUGGCAAAAUUAAACAAAAUGAACUGGGCUGCCAUGACACAGCCCCUUUAACCAGAGGUUUAGUUCCAUCUUUGGCACAGGUUAUAUAACCAUUCUCCCGACUUUUAUGCCCAUAUUAGACACAUCAAGACUGCAAAAUGGAACAGCACUUAAUCUAUCGACAAAGUAAUAUUGAUUUUUCGUUUGUUUCUUUAGGUCCAGGUCAAGAACCUGUAAAGUUGGCGUGA